GUAUUUUGCAUUGAUUCAUAGGAUGAUGUCACCUCAGCCACAAAGUUUAAGUCUCUUUCAGAGAAUGCUUCAACUAUCAUAUCUUCCUUCCAUAAAAAGACUUCUCAAGACAAGUCCAAUUCAGAUAGCUCUAGAGCCUUGAUAUCAUCAGCAGAAAACGAUAUCCCAAAUGCUUUCAAGGAAACAAUCUCUAUUCAUAAAAUGGAAAAGGAUGCCUCUCCACCAAAUAUAGCAAAGGAUUUAAAAGUUACUCCUGAAGUUCAUUGUGAUGUCAAAGAAAUACUUUCUUUUGCAGAUGAUGGUGUUGUGGAUACCGAGAAGAAAAGUGGAGAUAUGAACAUAGACAAAGUAGCAUCACCACCACUAAGUGAAAGACUUAGAGAAAUAACAAAUAAUUUACGGUUGUUGGAGUCUUCAACUUCUUUGCAUAUGUUGAUGCCAAAGCAGUUGGACACAUCUCAAGGAAGCCUUGAAAGUUCUGGUGACAUUAUAGAACCCAAAACCCCAAAAGCUGAAACUGAUAUGAGAACCGGUGACAAAUUGGAGAUUGCCAUGUAUACUAGUCCUUGGGAAAGAUUUCAUACGCGCAGUUCUGGAGUAAAGAAUUGUCUUGUCCAAGAAUAUCUGAAUUUAUUAAACACUGCAAGCAAAGAAGAUUUAACAAGGAUCCAGGGCAUCGGAGAAAAGAGAGCAACUUACAUUCUUGAACUACGUGAAGAAUCUUCAGAACCCUUUAAGAGUCUUGAAGAUUUGAAAGAAGUUGGUCUCUCGGAAAAGGAGAUAAAUGGCUUGAUGAGGAGAAUGGCUGGACAACUUUUCUGCUAGAAUGACCUUUUAAGAAUUGUUUGAUGGCAACUAGAAGUUGCCAGCAGUUAUAUUAUGAUGAUUUUGAAUGUAAUAUGUUUCUUUGCAAUUGUUCAAACAAAUGGAAAAACAUACUACUUUGUGA